GAACAGAGGUUUACUCCAAUUUGUACAAUGGCGGGCGAAAGCUUGAGGAAGAAAUAUCAGGAAUUCCUGCUUCAUCAAGUUUUUGGUGAUAUGAUCGGAUCACUAUAUCCUGAACGUAGUGAAAAUAGGGAGAAUGUGCAGGAAGCAGCAGCUGAUGGUUCAACUCAUAAUGAACAGCGAAAGUUGGAGGAAGCUGGUGAUAACCACGGACGGAGCGGCUGGACCGAAGAAGCGACAGAGGAUGGAGAUUGGAUCGUUUAUCGUAGAGGUAAUGGUGAUAGAGAGUGUAAAAAGGAAGAGGAAGCUUCUUUCAACGUGGAACAGUUGUAUUACGAAUCUCUGAACUUGAUCCCUGGCAAAGUUCCUCACUAAUCGUUUCAUACUGGUGCAAUCAUUGUUCAGUUCUUUUCUGUGCCUUAUUUGUUUAUACGUGGUGAAUGUUACGGUUGUUACAGUUUUGACUGUACCUGUAAAUUUACUGUUUAGGUAUAAUCUGUGAAAGUCUGUUUUGUUGUUUAUUGCAGACGAU